AUGUCUUCUCUGGCUCUGCUGAGUGGAAUGUUGUUGCUCCUCUGUGGGAUUUUGGUGGGGAGCGGCUCCCCGACCCCGACCGGAUCGUUGUCGUCGGGCGACGAGCGCGAUCCCGCCGCCUCGGCCACGGAGUGCCCAUCCUGCGCGCUGGCCCGGCUGCCGAAGGACGCGGCGGGUCCGGGCUCGGCGGCAGGCUCGCCGGACAUGGUGGAGGCGGUGAAGAGGCACAUCCUCAGCAUGCUGCACCUGAGCGCGCGGCCCAACAUCACGCACCCGGUGCCGCGCGCCGCCCUGCUCAACGCCAUCAAGAAGCUCCACGUGGGCCGCGUGGGCGAGGACGGCAGUGUGGAGAUCGACGACGAGGGCCAGAGCCAGGCGGAGAUGAGCGAGCUGGCCGAGCAGACCUCCGAGAUCAUCACCUUCGCCGAGGCUGGUGAAUCCCGGGAUUCUGUGAACUUCCAGAUAUCCAAGGAGGGCAAUGAGUUGUCCCUGGUGGAGCAGGCCAACGUCUGGCUGUUCCUCAGGCUUGCCAAGACCAACCGCAGCAGGGCGAAGGUGUCGAUCCAGCUCCUGCACCGGCGCCAGGGCCCGGACGGGCAGGCGCAGGAGGUGGUGGUGUCGGAGAAGGCGGUGGACACGCGGCGCAGCGGCUGGCACACCCUGCCCGUGUCCGGGAGCGUGCAGGCGCUGCUGGACCAGGGCGGGAGCACGCUGGCGCUGCGCGCGACCUGCCCGCAGUGCGCUGAGGCCGGCGCCACGCCCGUGCUGGUGGAGGCGGCGGAGCGCGAGCAGUCCCACCGGCCCUUCCUGAUGGUGGUGGUGCGGCAGGCGGGCGACCAGGCCCACCGGCGCAGCAAGAGGGGCCUGGAGUGCGACGGCAAGAUCCGCACCUGCUGCAAGAAGCAGUUCCACGUCAACUUCAAGGACAUCGGCUGGCACGACUGGAUCAUCGCCCCGUCCGGGUACCACGCCAACUACUGCGAGGGCGAGUGCCCGGGCCAUGUGGCCAGCAUCACCGGCUCCUCCCUGUCCUUCCACUCCACCGUCAUCAACCACUACCGCAUGCGGGGCUACAGCCCCUUCACAAACAUCAAGUCCUGCUGUGUGCCCACGCGCCUGCGGGCCAUGUCCAUGCUCUACUACAACGAGGAGCAGAAGAUCGUCAAAAAGGACAUCCAGAACAUGAUCGUGGAGGAGUGCGGCUGCUCGUAGGGUCUCCCGGGACCCGGGACACAGACCACCCCUC